CCGCUCCUCCAGCGGAGGCCGCCGCCAAGAAGAAGCCGGCUAAGAAGGCGUCAGCCGGAGGAGGAGCCAAGAAAGGCAUCAAGAAGGCGUCCGUCCCGGCGUGUCCGAGCUCCUCGUCCAAGCCGUGUCCGCUUCCAAGGAGCGCAGCGGGGUGUCCCUGGCCGCCCUCAAGAAGGUCCUGUCCGCCGGAGGAUACGAUGUGGAACAAGAACAAGAGCCGCCCUGAAGAUCGCCCUCAAGGCGCUGGUGACUAAGGGGAGCCUCGUCCAGGUCAAAGGCCAUGGGCCUCCGGGCGCCAAGGCGAAGCCCAAGAGACCGGCCGCCGCCAAGAAGAGCAACAAGAAGCCAUCGGCUGCGGCCAAGCCCAAGAAACCGGCUGCCAAGUCCCCCAAGAAGAAGGCGGCCGGCAAAGCCUCCACCGCAGCCAAGAGCCCCAAGAAGAAGCCGGCCGCCAAGAGACCAGCAAAGGCUGCAGCCAAGAAGGUGACCAAGAGCCCCAAGAAGAGCAAAGCUGCAGCCAAGCCGAAAAAAGGCUCCAAGAGUCCCGCUAAGGCCAAGCCGGCAGCUAAGAAGGCGGCUAAGCCCAAGAAGGCCCAGCUCCGAAGAAGAAAUAAUGGGCGGCGACCUCCUUCAUCUCCACCCCCCAAAAGGCUCUUCUCAGAGCCCCCCACCUCCCCCCAACAGAGAGCUCUCCAUACAUACACGACCACGAGCCGCAUUCUCCCUCCUCACAUUGUACACUUGUCCCUCAUAGCUCAUCCAAUGAUUCCUCCGAUCCUACAAAUGAUUACUGGUUGGCCAAAGGAGAGAUCCCUCCCGAUACAUUUCACAGGCCUGACCCCCCCCACACCGACUGUCCUAUGCGGAUUGGAGAUCUGUGUUCAUUUCCCGCACACUGUCUGUGGGAUGGGGGGGGGGGGGUGGUAA